AUGGUCCAACCCCCAGCCGACCAACCCAUGUUUCAUGUACUCCUUGGAGAUCCAUAUUACCAUGAAUUCCCUGUGGCAUACAACCCAAUCCCACAAGUUGAGGAGGCAACGAUACAACAUGAGGAGAUUGAGAUCGAAGAAGAAGAGUCUGAGGAAGACAUGGAGGAGGAUCCAGAAGAAGACCCACGAGAACAAGAGCCUGAGGAAGAUAUGGAAGAGGAUCCCGAAGAAGAUAUGGAUGAGAAUGAUGCUGCCGAAGUGAUCAUGAUAACUGAUGCAGAAUCAUCUGUCACACCUCCAUCCAACCAAAAUUGCUCUUUCACUACAGUUCCAAGUCGACGUCCCAAGAAAACUGCCAGGAUAUCCAUUCCAGAUUGGCGACCCACAACUCUGAGGCAAAACAAGAGGUUUUCCUACACCCAAAAGAGGGUGGAUCAACCUGCUUGGGAGAGUAACAAGGUGAAUAAGUGGAUAUCUGAAUGGAAGGCCGCAUGA